AUGGAUUGGACACCUCGACGACAUCACAAACCGAAGCGAACCAACGGUAGGCCACCGCCUCCUAUACAAGUAACUCCCGAUGAUGUCGACACAAUGCGAUCAAUGAGGCAGUGGAAUAGGUUCUCACGGUUCGUGGACUAUGGAUCAAGUUAUACUAGUGUGAUUGGACGAGGCGUGGAAUACGCUCCUACUUUCCGAUUGGCCACAGCUGGUUCGCCGCCGUUGCCGCCAUACUCCCAGCGGAGAACCCAGUCAUCGCCGCGUCCAGUUUUUGUUUCGUUCCGGAGGACGGAACUCUUCCUCACGCCGCGUUAUCCCCCCGUCGUGCUUUUUAAACCGAGAGGUGUACGACCGCUAAAGGGGGAGGGAGGGUUACAGUACCGGACCUUUCUGAGGUUGAUCUCGAUCUGGACGGGAAUCCGCUUUGUUGAAUCUUCUUUGGCGAUGAGGAAAUCCGUAAGGAGAACAAUAGGCAAAACAGUAGAAGAAAUAAUAUCGAUGUUGGUCGAGAAAAAGUUAAAGUAA